AUGGGAGGAGGUGCUGUUUAUAUGAUUGCGGGUCGCAAGAUCGGGUCUGAAUACGUAAGAAUAGAUAUUAUUGGAAAUGGAAUUCUUGCGAUCGCAACAUUGUCAACUAUCGGUCUUGGUGCUUACGCUGCAGUUAAAAGAGCCCAAUCGAAAAAACCUAAUCCCCUUGUCGAUUCUCCACCGAUCAAUGCUUCUUCUGUAGAAGAAGAAGCCUUUAUUCAGGAAUUUCUGAAGAGUGCAGAAGCGGAUGAAAACAAAAAAGAUCAUUAA